AUGGAGAUUCCCAUGGGGAGCCAGUGCCACUUCUCAAAGGGCCUCCUGCUCUCAGCCUUACUCCUGGCCCUCUGGGUCCCCCGCGGCUCCUGGGCGGCCCUCCGCAUCCAGAAGAUUCCAGAGCAACCUCAAAAGAACCAAGACCUUCUCCUGUCUGUCCAGGGCAUCCCAGGCACCUUCCAAGACUUCAUCUGGUACCUGGGGGAGGAGGCCUAUGGCGGCACACGGCUGUUCACCUAUAUCCCAGAGCUAGAGCGACCCCAGAGAGAUGGCAGUGCCAUGAAGCAGCGUGACAUCAUCGGCUUCCCCAACGGCUCCAUGCUGCUGCAUCACGCUCAGCCCAGCGACAGUGGCACCUAUCACGUGGAGGUCACCAUCAACCCUUCUUGGACCAUGCGGGCCAAGACUGAGGUCCAUGUGUCCGAAAAGCAAACGGAGCUGCCCAUUACCCAACUGCCCGUGACCACUGGGAUCGCGGCUGCCAUCAUCAUUGGAUCACUUGCCGCCGGGUCUCUCUUCAUUGGCAGCAUUGCCUAUCUCCUGGUGACAAGAGGCUGGAGAGGCCGGAGCCACAGGAUGACGACCACAGCGAAACCAGAGCUGAGCCCCAGGCGUGACACCGGUGACAACAACAUCUAUGAAGUGAUGCCAUCCCCAGUCUUCCUGGUGUCCCCCCUGAGUGGCACAGAGUUCACGAACGGCCUCACGGCCCCACCCCUGCCCCCGCCCCUGCAGCCACAGCCGGAGACCCAGCACUACCAGGACCUGCUGAAUCCCGAUCCUGCCCCUUACUGCCAGCUGGUGCCAACCCCCUGAAGGCCAGUGGCUGAGGGAAAACCUCAGCCCUCCCCUGGGGACAUCACACCUGCAGAAGAGCCACAUCAGCAAGACCAAGUUAUCGGGGCCAUGGGGCUGACAAGGUGCACUCAGCUGAAGACAUAGCCUGGCAUUUGGCAGGUGUCCCAGGCAAGGGUCAGGAGACAGUGACAGGCCCAGCUCCUCAAUCGCCCUCUGAAUAUACCACCCAUCUUUAAUGUGAUCCUUCUAGCAAUCUGGCCUGAGCCUCAUGCCCCGGCAAAGCAGGCUCUCGCCUCCCCCCUCUUCCUUUACCGACAUAUUUGGGGCUGGGAAGGGUGGUGUCAGGCCUGCCUCCAGCCAGACUUCGCAGGUGCCCACUUGGCUGAGCUCUAAACUGACUGUUGGCCCACCCCUGCUCCCUGACUGCCUUCAGAGCCCCUUCCCCUGGGAACAAAGCAGACCCCCACCACACAUGUCCCAGAGGACAAGACACAUGGCAGGGAGGGCUGGCCUCAGGCCUGUGGCACUCAAUGACAGACCUAGUCAAUUACCAAGGCUGCCGGACCCCUUCCUUGCUCAGGCAGAUUCCAGCCCCUCUCAAAAUCAGUCUCUCAAAACCUGUGGCCCACUUCUGCCCAUGGCUCCCACCCUGAUUCUCACCCAGUCCCUCCCCCACCACGCCCCUAGUCCCAAAUGGGGGCCCGGUCUGUGGCCCUUAAUUUAGUCAUUCAUUUAGCAAUAAAUAGGCCGUGUGCCGUGCACAGUUCUAGAUCCUGCAGCUUUGGCGGGGAACAAAGCAGCUGAAAACUCCUGCUCUCGAAGAAGAACACUCCGGCAGGGAAAAGAGACAGGAAACAAAAUAAAUAAAUAAUGUGAGGUGGGAGCAUGUCACCGAGAAGGUGACAAUGAGCAAAGACCUGAAGGAGGAGAGGGAGGGAGCCGUGCGGGGGUCUGGAGGAAGAGCCUUCCAGGCAGAGGGCAAAGGUCCUGAGGCAGGAGCUGCCAGUGCGUUCCAAGAGGCCGGGGUGUUGGGAGCAGAAGGAAGAUGAAAGGAUGGGGAGCGAGGGGAGAAGAAGUCAGGAAAGUGAGGAGCGAUGACGUGAACAGGGUCAUGUAAGACACUGCAAAGACCUGGCUUUUGCUCUGGGAGCUGGGAAAAAAAAAAAAGAGGCUGAAUAAUGGCACCUCAGAAACUUUGCUGUUGUGAUGAGGUUAAUGAUCCUGAGAUGGGGAGAUGACCCUGGAUUUCCCCCGCGAGCCCUAAAUGUAAUCACAGGGGUCUUUAUAAGAGGGUCGCAGGAAUAGUGAGUCAGAGAAGGCGCUGUGACAGCAAAGGAAGCAGAGGUUGAAGUGACAUGCUUUGAAGAUAGAGGGAGGGGCCAAAAGCCAAGGCAAGCACAGAGUCGGAGCGACUUGAAUCUAGGAGCCCCCCAGCCCUUGCUGGCCUUGUGCCAUGAGCAGAAGCUCUAGAAGUUGGAAAAUGCGAGAUAAUAGAUCACCCCCUAGAACCUCCAGACAGAAACACAGCCCUGCCGGCAUCUUGAUUUUGGCCCAGCGAGACCCAGUUUGGACUUCUGACCUACA